CUCCACUUCUGGCUGCUGACCCUAGAGGAGUUGAGUGAGGGUGAAGCCUGUCUCCGCAGUGAUGAUGGUCUGCUCGCUCGGCUCGGUGCUGCUACCUCACACUACUACAAGGCUCUGGCUGCCAUCAAGGCUGCAAGUACUCCAUCCCAGUCGCUGGUGUUUCAAGCAGAGUACAUGAGGCUGCGCUGUGAGAUGCUGCAGUGCCUCGCUCAGCUGGUGGCCACUUGUAAGAGUUUCUGCACAGCCCCACCUCCAGCUAUUGCAGCCACCAUCGUCCAGACCACUCGAGAUGACUUGCAGAAAUUCGGCAACAUCACAAACCGAUUGCGGAAAUGCAUCAAAGAAUUUCAGACCUGUGGAGAACUGUAUUGGAAACUGUACCAGUCAGUAUUUGAUGCAGAUCCAAGCUCCCUGAACAACAUUCAGAUACUGCAACACAUGUGUGCUCUGAUGGCUUAUAAUAUAGAGUGUGUAGCUAUCACCAACUAUCAGGGAGAUGAGCCUGCUCUUGACUCCAGUUUGCAGAGGAGUUGUCUGGAGACCCAACUGAUGGUGCAGUGUUGUCAACGUGCUAGUGCCAUGGCUCGCUCUGUUGAUAAAUCCAUCAAGCCAAUCACUCAUUUGCACCUGGAAGGUUUGAUGAAACAAGUAGAAAUGAUAUUGGAAGGUUCAUUCUGUCUCCCAAGAUAUUUCUUUCAAGUACUACAGUCUACAAGUGUCAAGCUGGCUAUCACACCUCAGCCUCGGGUAAACGGAGAGUAUCUGAGUGUUCCAAGUGGGUCCCAGUUGUCUGUCAAGGUGGAGGGUGUGAUACAGCACGGCUCCCAGCCUGACAGAUUCCGCUCAGUCAGCGGUGUUGUGCUUACUCUCAGUUCACAGCUCACUUCUCGUCUCACAAUAGAAAACAAGAGUAUUCCGAUGAAGCCUGGAGAUGGUCAAGUAGUGCUACAGCAGAGUGUAACACCUCACAGAGAUUUCUUCACUGGCCAGUUCUUGCUGGCACUGGGAGGCGGAGGGCAGCACCAGGUCACUGUGGAAGCGGCUGUACAGGACAACUCUGGCAAUGUCUGGACCACUGGUCCUCGUUCCACUCUCACAGUCAAAACUCUUGAAGAUUCCUCCACUAGCAGAGCACGCACUUCUUUUUAAACUAAACAUUAACGUGUUUCUAUUUAAUAAAGUUUAUAAUUUUAUUUAAA